CUCCCAGCGGAGGAAGAUGGCGGUGGAGAUGCUGCCUGAGCCUGGAGCAGGAUACUGGAUCUGUACGAGAGGCAAACCAGGGCUGGAUAUAACGGAAGAAAAAUGAACAUGUUCCGGUGUCUCAUCCCCGGGCUCUGGACUCUUUUCGGGGCCGUUUGAGUAGAGUCUGCUGCCCUGGUUUUCCGGCACAAACCCGGGUUUCUCGUCGGGGGGAUUCACGGACUAGACUGUCGGCGGCUCGCAGACAGACAGGCAGGGUGGGAGUGAAGAAAGUGGACGAAAAUGUCGGAUACCAAGGUAAAAGUUGCAGUGAGAGUCCGGCCCAUGAACCGCAGGGAAAUUGAACUGAACACAAAAUGUGUCGUGGACAUGGAGGACAACCAAACUGUUCUUCACCCACCACCCUCAAAUGUAAAAGGAGAGAACAGCAGGAAACAACCUAAGGUGUUCGCUUUUGACCACUGUUUCUGGUCGAUCGACGAAUCCAACCUUCCCAAAUAUGCUGGUCAAGAGGUGGUGUUCAAGUGCCUUGGAGAGGGAAUACUUGAAAAUGCAUUCCAGGGAUAUAAUGCCUGUAUAUUUGCCUAUGGACAAACAGGUUCAGGCAAGUCCUUUUCCAUGAUGGGGAAUGGGGAGCAGCCGGGUUUAAUCCCUCGACUCUGCUGCUCACUGUUUGAGAGGGUCCACAGGGAGGGGAAUGAGGCUCAUAGUUUUAAGGUGGAGGUAUCUUUCAUGGAGAUCUACAACGAGAAAGUCCGUGACCUGCUGGAUCCUAAAGGGAGCCGACAAUCACUGAAAGUUCGAGAACACAAAGUCUUGGGUCCGUAUGUGGAUGGUCUGUCUCAGCUGGCUGUGACCAGCUUUGAGGACAUCGAGGUGCUGAUGUCAGAGGGGAACAAAUCACGCACAGUUGCAGCCACCAACAUGAACGAGGAGAGCAGUCGUUCACAUGCUGUUUUCAGCAUCAUCGUCACACAAACACUUUAUGAUCUACAGUCCGGGAAUUCAGGGGAGAAAGUGAGCAAGAUGAGUCUGGUUGACCUGGCAGGAAGUGAGCGAGUCUCUAAAACUGGAGCUGCUGGAGAGAGACUUAAAGAGGGCAGCAAUAUAAACAAAUCUCUCACCACCUUAGGCUGCGUGAUCUCUGCUUUGGCUGAUCAGUCUGCAGGAAAGGGGAAGGCCAAGUUUGUGCCUUACAGAGACUCAGUCCUCACCUGGCUGCUGAAGGACAACCUCGGCGGCAACAGCAAGACAGCCAUGAUAGCCACAGUGAGUCCUGCGGCUGACAACUACGAAGAGACUCUGUCCACACUCCGCUACGCUGACAGGGCCAAGAGAAUCGUCAACCACGCCGUGGUGAAUGAAGACCCCAACGCUCGCAUCAUCAGAGAGCUCAGGGAGGAAGUGGAGAAGCUCAAGGUUCAGCUCUCUCAGGCCGAGUCCAUGAAGGCUCCUGAACUGAAGGAGAAACUGCAGGAGUCUGAGAAGCUCAUCCAGGAGAUGACUGUCACCUGGGAGGAGAAACUAAGAAAGACAGAGGAGAUCGCCACUGAGCGUCAGAAGCAGCUGGAGAGCAUGGGCAUCUCUUUGGAAACAUCUGGGAUUAAAGUUGGUGAAGACAAGUGUUUCCUUGUCAAUCUAAAUGCUGAUCCCGCACUUAAUGAGCUACUGGUCUACUACCUGAAGGAGCACACACGUGUGGGUGCACACACAUCUCAGGACAUCCAGCUCUUUGGGAUUGGGAUCCAGUCGGAGCACUGCAUCCUGGAAGUCUGCACAGACAGUGAUGUCACCCUGAUGCCCGUAGGGAAUGCCAGAACCUGUGUGAACGGAACAAUGAUCGAUUCCUUGGUGCACCUGUGGCAUGGAGACCGAAUCUUAUGGGGCAACAACCACUUCUUCAGGAUCAAUCUGCCUAAGCGAAAGCGGCGGGACCGUUUGAAGGAGCUGGAGCGAGCUUCUCCCAGAGAGAGCUUUAUCGAGGCGGACGUGGAGACUGCCAGUGAGGCGUCUUCUGAGCAGGACUACAGCUAUGAGUUUGCACAGAUGGAAGUUAUAAUGAAGACUCUUGGGAACAAUGACCCAAUGCAGAACGUGGUCCAGGUGCUGGAGAAGCAGUACCUGGAGGAGAAGCGGACGGCUCUGGAGGAGCAGAGGAUGAUGUAUGAGCGAGAGCUGGAGUCGUUGAGGCAACAGCUGUCUCCUGAGAAAGCACCACAGCACCAGCGCAGCAGCAGUGACCGCCUUACUUUCCCGACACACACGCCUCACAGCAAGCUGCGGCUGUGGACGGAGGAGCGCGAUGAGCUUUUUCGUCAGAGUCUCUCUCGGCUCAGGGAGCAGGUCGUGAAAGCCAACACUUUGGUGCGAGAAUCCAACUUUCUGGCAGAGGAGAUGAACAAACUGACGGACUAUCAGGUCACCCUUCAGAUUCCUGCGGCCAACCUCAGCGCCAACCGCAAGCAGGGAGUGAUAGUGAGCGAGCCGGCCAUCCAGGUCCGGAGGAAAGGGAAGGGGACUCAGGUUUGGACCAUUGAGAAGCUGGAGAACAAACUGGUGGACAUGAGAGACCACUACAGGGACUGGAGGGAAGGCACAGAGGAGAUGCAUAACAAAGCAGACAGUAAGCACUGUGAUCCGUUCUAUGAGGCACAAGAGAACCACAACCUAAUAGGAGUGGCCAACAUUUUUCUGGAGUGCCUUUUCCAUGAUGUUAAACUGCAAUACGCUGUUCCCAUCAUCAGCCAACAGGGGGAGGUAGCAGGCCGGUUGCACAUUGAGCUGAUGCGAGUCAGUGGUGCCAUACCAGAGCGUCUGUGUGGGGGAGAUGACUCAUCAGAAAACUCCAGUGAGAGUAGCUGCUAUGAGGUCAUGGACACCAAUGGGGAGAUCGUCCACAUGGCCAAGAGGCUAACCUGCAGGGUGCGGAUCAGGGAGGCCACAGGUCUGCCGCUCAACUUGUCCAACUUUGUUUUCUGUCAAUACACCUUCUGGGAGCAUGGCGAGCCCACUGUGGCUCCUCCUAUGGUUAGCCCAGACAGACCCUCCCCUCGAAGUCCAGAAGCCCAGUUUACUGUUGAGUUUGAUCACUGCAAGGACUAUGUUGUACAUGUGACGGAUGAGUUUCUAGAAUUUAUAUCUGAUGGAGCUUUGGCUAUAGAGGUUUGGGGUCACCGCUGUGCUGGGAAUGGACAUUCACUCUGGGAAUUAGAUGCACUAGAGGCCAAGACCCAAACUCUCAGAGACAGGUGGAGCGAGGUGUCUCGCAGGGUCGAGCUGUGGGUCUCCAUCCAGGAGCUGAACGAGCAGGGAGAGUAUUCAUCUGUGGAGCUGCAGUCUGGAAAAGACGGCAGCACCGGAGGAGUCUUCCAACUACGACAGGGUCACUCCAGGAGGCUGCAGGUGUGUGUGAAACCAGUCCAAAACUCAGGCACUCUGCCUCUGCUGGUGGAGGCUGUGCUGUCCGUCUCUAUUGGCUGCGUUUCGGCUCGCUCCACCAAGCUGCAGAGACCUCUUGACAGCUACCAGAGAGAGGCGGAAGAGGAUAUGGAUAGUUAUCAGGAGGAAGAUCUCAACUGUGUGAGAGAGCGCUGGUCAGAAGCUCUGAUCAAACGUCGGGAGUAUCUGGACGAACAAAUCAAGAAAAUCAUCAACAAACACGAAAAGUCAGAGGAGGAUAUUGAGCGAGAGGCUCGGCUGGUGGAGCAGUGGGUUGGACUGACUGAAGAGAGAAAUGCUGUGCUGGUUCCUUCACCUGGCAGUGGCAUCCCUGGAGCUCCUGCAGACUGGACCCCGCCUGCAGGAAUGGAAGCCCACAUCCCUGUACUUUUCCUGGACUUGAAUGCGGAUAAUCUGACAGUGAACGAGCAGCUGACAGGCCCACACGCUGCAGGCGUUAACUCUAUCCUGCCUAAGGAGCACGGAAGCCAGUUCUUCUAUCUGCCCAUCAUCAGACAUAGUGAUGAGGAGGUGUUGGCAAUGUGCUCUUGGGACUCGUCCAUCCACGAUUCUGUGCACCUCAACCGGGUCACGUCUCCCAACGAACGCAUCUACCUGAUCAUCAAAGCCACGGUGCAGCUCAGCCACCCUGCCUCCAUGGAGCUGGUGCUGCGCAAGCGGAUCGCCGUCAACAUCUACAACAAACAGAGUUUUACUCAGAGUCUCAAGAGAAGAAUGUCGCUAAAGAACACACUGUACUCCUGUGGUGUGAUAUACGAAAUUGUUUCCAACAUACCAAAGGCCUCAGAGGAGCCAGAGGAGAGGGAAACCUUGGCCCUCAUGGCUGCUCGCGGCGACAGCGAGGAGACCCAGGAUGGAGAAACCUACAUAGAGAAAUACACACGGGGAGUUCUGGAAGUGGAGAACAUCCUCAGUCUAGAAAGGUUACGGCAGGCUGUGACAGUGAAGGAAGCUCUCGCUGCUAAAGGGAGACACCUAAGAAGAAGUAUCAGCACACCAAAUGUACAGCAUUCUUCAUGUAGUAAAACAGACCUGACAGGUUGUGAGGAUGAAGACUGUAAGGAUCACUGUGAUCAUGUGGACAGCUCCAGCUGCAAUCCUCAGGAUGGCUCCCUUUGCAGCACACCCAUUAAAAACAAGGAGAACCAAGGUUUGGUCCCAGAGAGCCCGAUCUUUUUCAACUCCAGCCCCUUCAAAGUGCUCUCCCCUCAGCCACCCAAGUUCCUCAAGUCCCUGCUGCCGGUCAAAGAGGAGAACAAGGUGAAGAAAGCCCUGGAGGCUCGGCCGCUGCUGGGACAAGAGAGCAUGCGCUCAUGCGUGGACAGCCCUGCACUGCUCCCCCCUCCCUGCCCUUGGCGCCGACCCAGGGCAGGCAGCGAGGGCCACUGCAAGCCUUCCACAUCCACCUCCACCCCCACCACCACCACCACCACUCCCACCAGCAGACAGCUCAGCCACACACUGCCACGCACUGCUGACUCUGAGGACGAGGAAACGGACGUGGAUGUGAAUCUGAACCUGGAUCAGGGCCCUCAGGAUCAUGGCAGCUUUCAGCCUUAUAUCCCAGAGGACUUUGCAAACUUUGAGAUCUACAACGCCACUCUGGAGAGCCAGGAGGGGUUUCUCUCCUCCUGUCCUGACUUGAAGGGAAGCCGGUGUGGAGCCGGGAGCAGCGAGAGAGAGGUGUCCCGAAGCCCCACGGCCAGCAGUUGCACCAGUGGCUACUUUUCACACAGUGCCUCCAACGCCACGCUGUCCGACAUGCCUUUCAGUGCCAGUGAGAGCUCUGACCAUCUCAGCUGCACCUCCAGAGACCCGCAGGACUCCCUCGGUUGUUCCGCUGGACGAGGUUGCGCCCAAGCCAAAAGUGCAUCUGCAGGGACCGACACCCGGCAGCCUCCUCUCUCGGCAGAUACGGCGCCGGAUCUGCUCACCCACCCUCAGGACUCUGCACCUGUUCGUAUUCCUAAUUGCACAGACAAGAAGCAAACAUUCCCUCAGCCUCACAACUGUGUUCUCAGUACCAGCCAGGAGUUCACUGACUUCAAAGGGGCUGACGACAGUACUGCAGAGAGUGAUUUAGCACAUUUUACAGAGGGGUGGCAGCAGGAGGAUGUGGAGCAGAAGAAACGUGAUCAUGUCAAACCAUGUGGCACAGGCAAUCAACCCCCCUCUGUUGUCUCUGGUAUUAUCAACACAUCUAAUCCUGAAAAUGCAAUAUGCAAAUAUCCCAAGAGUGAAGACUCUGUUAUCGUACCUGUGACCUGCUCUAACACAACUAUAGUUUGCACUUCAGUCAGAGCCCCAGUAAGUGUUCCUGACAAACUCCCAGCUCCAUCUCAAGCCCAAAUAAUUCCCUCUGCAUCAGUCCCACCUACAGCAUCACCAUCCCCAGCUGCAUCUUGUGCCCCAGUGCCGCGAGCGGGAGGAGAGCCUCCGAUCCAGGAGCCUGCACAGGGAGAUCUGCCCCACGGGAGUCCCUGUCCCAGUCCUAACCCCAGCAGUGCCGAGCCCUCGGGGGACUCCAGCGGGGAUGAGAGCACCCCAGUGGCUCAGCUCCCUGACUGGAUGGCGCCAGGGGAACAGGUGUGGGUGGGGAAGAGGAGAGGAACAGUCCACUAUGUUGGAGGGGUAGAGUUUGCGAAGGGUAUUUGGAUUGGUGUGAAACUGGACAUGGCAGUAGGUAAGCACAACGGGACUGUCCAGGGCAGGGUGUACUUCCGCUGCCCCCCAGGCCACGGCGUGUUUGUCAAACCGUCUCGUCUCACCAGAGGACCCCCCUCCAUGGACACAGAACCCCAGACUGUAAUCAGAUAGGACCCAAAGAAGAAGCAGCUUUCUGAGGAGACCUGAAGGUGGCCAUCAGCGCUUGUGCCUGUGGCUUCUCACCCUCCAUCAUAUUUACCACUCAACUCUCUGAGCUGAUAUAUUCCGACGGCACGUCUGCUUUUCUGACCUGUGCAUUUCAUGGUGGUUUAUCCUGAUCACCGAAACUUCUCUAUGCACAUAUCUGAGUUUUUACACGCUGAUAUUUUUGAUAGAGACCUUAACUAACUGGGAGUCCAUAAGGAAAUGUCACCCACGUUCUUUUUUCACACAUUGGUAUCUGAACGGUAUAUAUAUAGAUAUAUAUACUAUUUUUGUAAGACAAUGCAUCUUCCCCUUUGGCUCAUAGUGGAGUAAUCUUGGAUAUGAAGAUUAAGAAUGUACUACUGUUAAUACACAAUGAUAUUUACAUGAAUAUGGUAUGUCAGGGGUAACCAAAGAACUACGGUUCCAUAUCUGCUGUUAUGAGUAAUAUGCUAUUUUUUUAAAGUACACGUUUGGAGGUAUUCACUAUAUACUGUAUCUAUGUGUCCAAGUAAUGCUUAGUGCCAUAGGAGUAAUGCCACAUACCCUGAACAGAAGACGAAUCUGCAAAACCUGAGUUGCGGUCAGUGUUUGAGUGCAGUUAUCACGUUAAAUUAUCCUGUUGAAGUACUGUAACACUGUGGAGGAAAUGUUCCCAUCCAGCAUGAGACUGUUGCUGUUUGAACGCUUGCACUGGAAAGGAUUCUUGGAGAGGUCGCUGACUGUUUUCCAUAUUGGACCGAUGAAAUAUUUUCUAACUGAGGUGACCGAAGAAACACGUGUUUGUCACUUUAAUUCAUGGAGCAAAGCAGCUAGGCUUCAUGUAAGGCCUGGGUGUACUGAUGCCUUAUUGCCCCCGGCACAUAGACCCCAGACCAUCACAGACUGUGUGGACCUGAAACCUGUGUUUGUUUAUCACGGUGCUCACACACGUUCAAAAUGCCUCCCAGCCUCGUCGACUGAUUUAUUGAAUACCUUUUUAACUGCUCUUCCAUCUGCAUUUUAUUUUCUGUGUUAGACUACAUGUUAAAAGGUACUCAGUAAUGCAAUUUCUCACACAGGGGAUUGGAUGGCUGGGGGAUGGACAGAAUCACGUGAGAGAAAAACGGUGCAAAAGUCAUUCUAAUUAUGUAGAGACGUUGUCCUACAUGAACUUAUAUUUUUAUGGAAGUGGUGAACUGUGGAACGGACUAGAAAUAGUUUAUAUUCAAGCUGUUAUUUCACGUAAAUGAAAGAAACCCAAGACCUUACAUUAAAGAAGAGAACCAAGCUGCUCUCCCUCAUAAGGAGUUGUAUAUAGAAAUGUAUUUGAACAUAGUAUUUACACUAUUAUAAUGUACAGAAUUGUAUUUAUAAUGUAUCUCCAACUGUUUUAAUUGGUACAAAA